GUGGAUAAACUGUUCUAUCUUCAUUCUCUCCUACAGAGCAGAACACAAAAUACGGUGUGAUAUGCUAGCUGGUCAUGAAUCUAUAGGAAUAUCAGUGCAUUCCAAAGCCACAGAGGUUUGACGUCGCAACACCUGGAAAUGUAUGUUACAACGACUUGAAAUUGAAGAAGAAUGAUGCGUUCAGGUUUGUCUUUGAGGGUGAUGAUAAUGGCAGCUCUCACCGUUCCCAUCAUAGUCCAAAGUCCUGAAAUCUUCACCUUGUCGGUCCCACACGGUCCAAUCAUGACCUGGUUGAACUCCUCCGUUUCUUUAUCUUGUGAACUUUCACCUCUCUUCAAUGCGGAGCCAUUGGAGGUGCGCUGGUACAGGGCCAAAGACUUUGACUCAACUGCCUUGUUGUACAAAGAUCACAAGAUCCACGAGGCCCCUGUGGACCCCCGGUACAAGGGCAGGGUGUCUCUAACUGGGGGGCUGGAGAGAGGGAAUGUGUCCCUGACACUGGAGAGGGUCACACUGGCAGACAGGGGGGAGUAUGUGUGCUAUGUUAGCAGUGAACAGUGGUAUGAAAAAGCCAUUGUACUCCUCACAGUGUAUGUAACAGGUAGUGAACCAGUUCUCUCUGUAGCUGAAGCAAGAGGAGGCGGAGGUCAGGUGAAUGUCACCUGUUCAUCAGAGGGCUGGUCACCACAACCUAAACUCACCUGGCGAAACAAAGAGGGGACAGAGAUCAGAUAUGAACAAGUACUCAACACCACUGAUCUUCAGGGCUUGGUGAGUGUCAGUAGCUGGCUGCUGUAUUCUCCAUCAGACUCAGAUUGGCUCUCCUGUACAGUCUCUCUGUCUGGGGAGAGGAGAGAGAGCAGAGUCAUGCCAAGAGCUCCAAUGGAAGGACAUUGGAGCCUUGGUGGCUUCAUGACAUUACUGUUCAUCAAUCUACUAGUAAUCUUCACUCUAAUUGGACUCUUCGUCUGGAACAAAAAAACAGGGUUCAUCGGGUUGUCAACGUCAGAGAAAAAUGACAAUGCAGAGGAAGAGGCAAAUCUUCUUGAAGGUGUAAAGAAAACUGAUAUGGAAAAAGCAACACAGACAGAAUCUUUCCUGAAAGAAAGUGCUACGCAAACUGCACUGCGAGAAUCAUUCCCAAAAGUGGACGUCACUUUGGACCCGCUGACGGCUCACUCUUCGCAAUUUGUGUCUUGCAGUAAAAAGAUGGUUCAUUGUAAAAAUGAAAGAGAUCAAGCUUCCACAACUCACUUUUGUCUUUAGUGAGAACAAAUUCAGCUCAGGGCAGAUAUACUUGGGAAGUGGUGGUGGAUUCAAAGUGUAAACAGCCAUGGUAUGUUGGGGUAACCAACACAGACGCAGCCCAGAUUAACAAGGCUAUUGUCCCCUUAAACCCUGGGAAUGGGUUCUGGGUUCUUCGCUAUAAAAAGGGAAACGGUUAUUGUGCCUCGACAGACCCUCCAACACAAUUCUCUGGAAAUGAAUACCUGGAAACACUUGGAGUGUUCUUAGAUUGUGACAGACAGAGUCUUUCCUUUUAUGAUGCUGAUUCAGGAGUACAUCUGUACAGUUUUGCUGACGUGUCAUCUUGCUCUAACACAUUCUUUGCUGUAUUUAGCCCUGGAUUCGACCAAAGUUCCCUUCACAAUUAAAUGAUUGUAGAUGACAAAGGUGCAAACUUCCCACAAUAAUAAUCAUGUUAGACAUGACUGAAUAAAAAAAAAUUGUCCGUUUAA